AUGGCGUCCCUCCUGGAGAUCUUCGUGGGAUCCUGUUCCUCCUCGGCGCCGCCGGUGGACUGGGAGGCGGAGGCCUACCCGGAGUACGCCGACUACGCCGUCCUCCCCCUGCUCCUCGCCUUCUUCCCCGCCCUGCGCCUCCUCCUCAACCAGUUCCUCUUCGAGGAUGCGUUUGGUGCGUGGGCAGUGAGUCCACUUGGCCUGGGAUAUCUCUCUUGUUUUCCCAUCCAAGAGUUGGAUGAGCCAGUUCUGGGCACGCUCAAGGCGUCCACAGGUCUCAACGUUGACCCGGAAAAGCUUCCUGCAAGAUUUUCAAACCGUGUUGAUAUCGAUCGGUUCAUGGUGUUAGCAAGACGACUUAUAUUUGGAAAGGGAUAUGACAAGCUUGCUGAAACAGAUGAAAGGAGAAAGAAAAUCAAUAAAUUUAAGGAAUCGGCAUGGAAAUUUGUUUAUUAUCUUUCUGCAGAACUCUUUUCACUAUCUGUAACAUACAAUGAAUCGUGGUUUACAAAUACAAGAUACUUUUGGGUAGGGCCUGGCGAGCAGCUGUGGCCUGACCAAAAGAUGAAGCUGAAGCUUAAGGCUGUAUACAUGUAUGCUGCUGGAUUUUACGUAUAUUCUAUCUUUGAUCUUCUGUUGUGGGAAACAAGACGCAAGGACUUCGGAGUCAUGAUGUCUCACCAUGUGGCAACUAUUGUUCUGAUUGUUGUGUCCUAUAUUUGCAGAUUAUCUCGUCCUGGCUCGGUCAUUUUACCCCUCCAUGAUGCAAGUGAUAUAUUCCUAGAGAUCGGAAAGAUGGCCAAGUACAGUAGCUGUGAGUGGCUAGCUGUUGUAGCAUUUCUACUUUUUGUGGCUUCGUGGAUCCUUCUUCGGCUAAUAGUUUUUCCUUUCUGGAUCCUAAGAAGCACAAGUUAUGAAAUAGCUAUGAUCGUGGACAACGAGAACAGAAAAAUCUACAGAACCUCGUACUAUUAUCUUUUCAACACUCUCUUGUUUUCACUUCUGAUUCUGAAGGCGAAAACAACCAUGAAGAUUAAGCUGAAGGUUGUUGGAUGCUUAACUGAAGAACUGUAUAGUUCGCAGUUGGGAAUGAGAAUGGUGCAAGCGGGUUGUAUAAAGAAUGAGAAUGUCAAGGAGGAGCUAGUUAGCAUAUCCAUUAGGAGGAAAUUCAGGCACAAAACGAAAACUGAAAGGGCUCGAAUCUCUGUGCCACUGGAACAAGCCUCCUUGAUGUAUCUUUUUUGUAGAUUGAAUGUAUGA